AUGAUUUUUUUGUGGGUUGUAUUUACACUACUAUUGAGUGUAGAGUCUGUUCAAGUUACUAAAAAGGAGGUGUACGACUUUUCAUAUUUGUGCGGGAUAUUAAACACAUUGGGGUUUACUCUUAAUGUACAAAGACAAUCCCGACUAAGUAAAACAUUUCAGCCAUUUGUGUUAGUGUCGUAUUCACACAACGGGAUGAAUUAUUUGAUAAAUUAUAAAAUAGACGGAACUAAUUGUAAAAGACUCAUCGACUUGAUUCAAAGAAAUUCGCCACUGCAAAUUACAACAAAACAAACUUCAACAAAGAGCGGAUUUUCUUCACUGAAUUCAAUUCAUUUGUUGGGGAAAGUCGUCGAUUCGAAUUUUGCAGAGAAUUUAAGCGUCUUUGGUGAACUUUUUAAUCAACGAAUUAAAGGACUUUUGAAUGAAAAAAACACAGCUACACUCAAUGGGUGUUCACCCGCUUUCAAAGAAUUAAGAGCUUUUGUACCAAAUCAAUGCAGUCGUGUUUAUACCGGUGGAUCAAUCCCUUCAACAUCACCGUCUUCAUGCAUUUCUGAGACAAAUAGUGUUUUACUUAAUCAAGAACCUCCUACGUACUCAUUGCUUGUACCCGACUAUAGAAAUAAUGUCUAUGUUGACCUUGCUUAUCUCUAA